GGCUUUCCUCGUGGGACGUCGGCGAAAGGUCGCGCGCUGCACUGUAGCCCAAGUAGGAUAACUGCAUACGUGGAGUGUGUCUGAAAGUGUAGCCCGAUCAGCUCUCGCCUCCCAAACGGCGUCGCUGCGGCGUCUUGUGACCAGACCUGCAACAGGGAUAGUCCACUCGAACUGAGCACUGUUCCAGGAGCGAGAGGCACACACUUUCAUCACCCUCAGUGGCUCCACACCGCAGAAAUGUAGUCAAGUCAGAGUUGUGCGUUGAUUAUCGAGACGAGACGCUUUCAAACAGUUUCGGCACGCACCAGAUUAGCCGCGGCAUAUGGUUGGGAAUUGGAAAUGGCUCCCGGCGCACGAGCGCAGAUCUGCGUGUGGAGCGGUUCCGUUUCACGCCACUGAGAAACGGGGAUUAAGAGCGACAGCGAACGUGUCAGCAGCACGGACAGUUUUCAGAAGAGCUCGAGCCAGACGUCUGAGACCAGCAGGCUGGAAAUACCAGUGUUUUAUGUUUGUACGAGUCUCUUGACAGGCUCCAAUUAAAAUAGCAUUAAAGCAAAUUUGGGAUGGUGAGACUAAACCUAACUGAACCGAACCUGCCCUCCCAAACCUCGCUACAUCUCUCUAACGCCCUUCCUCUCUCAUUGCAGACUGAAGGCAUCCUUGGUCUGAUGUCUAAGGAGGACACAGUGACAAGGAGUCCGAGACACAGGCAGUGAGUCAGCCCAUUGUCCCCUCACUGUGCCUAGCCACAGAGAGGGUCCCCAGGCCCCCGACUGGAAAGUGACAGGAACAGAGACACGGCCUGAAUAAAGAACCAUUCACAACCUCUGUCUCUUUCUCUCACUCCAUCUCUCUCUCCUUCCCUCUCCUUCUCUCUUUUCUGUGUACUUACUAACCUCUGCCCUCCCUCUCUCUCUCUCCCUCAAACCCUCAUUGUCUCUUUUCCCCUCUCUCCACCCACCACGCCACCUCUAUCCAGAACAUCUCAUCCCCAGACGCCUGCCUGCCGCCAGCCCCUAGCAGCACCAGCCUCACAGCCUCCCGGCCCAUGGCACUUGGCACUGAUUCCCACCACAAGGACAGAUGGUGCCAACCCUGACCCCUCUCCUCGCCCGUGGGGGACCACACCGCCACAGAGAGACCGCCCAUUGACAGGAACAGGAAGAGGGAGCUCCGUCGCCACGGCAAAUCCUAGCCCCACAUCCUCUCCAAGGGCCUCAGAUAAACACGUUCACACAGCAGGACCUCGGUGAGGUCCCUGUUUUGUUUGUCUCCGGCCAAUUUGCGCCUUUGAGAUUUCACCACCAUCAGACUUCUUCUUUAGGCGUUCCAUUCCAUGCCUGUUUAGACUGUAUGAUAAUGCGCUCAUGGACCAGGACCAGUGCAGGAGUACGACAUUAGUUUGCUGAAAGCCAGUGAAACUUCAUCCUAUCUGGGACUUCUCCUCUUUCCCUCCUGGCUGGCCUGGCCUCUCAGGCCUGGAUGAAUUAUUAAACAGACUCCACAGCCAAGCUCAGGCUCAGUGCUGCUGGGAGCUCUAUAGGCCUCUUUAAACCCUUUCUGAUUGAAGGGAUCGGAGUCACGGGGUCAUAGGUCAAACGACACUGCAAAGAGAAAAGAGGUAGAAGCAGUUUCUGCCGUUUAACUGCAGAUCAAAGCAAAACCUCUGCAACUCUCUGGCUCCCUUGACUCUCCUCUCCUCCAGACAGAAGUCAAACCACCACAAUUCUGUUUGUUCUUUACUGGACAUUGUUAUUAUAUUGAACCCAUUACUACUUGAUCUACAGACUGAUUACCAUAUAAUGGCCGACUCCUAUAUUAAAAAAAUAAAAAAGGGAAUAGCACUUCAACAUAAAAUUAGACACUAAUGGCUUGGUGGGAUGAAUUCAGCAGGGCCAAAUAAGAGGAGGGAAUACGGUGUCCCUAAAGCAUAGCAGGCUUACGGUUAUCUCUGGGAUUUCAUCAUCAUCAUCAUUAUCACAGAGAACAUUUGCAUAACUGAAAUAUGCUGCACUGCACACAACUGCCAUCAACAUGGUUGGGUGCAGACGUUUGGGAGAAGCCAUUGUCUGCACCUGUCUGCUAGACAAUACGGAAGAGAGACUACAGUAGAGCGCAGGGAGAGAAAACAGAGGCGCAGAUGAUAAAGGCUCCAUCCUGGUCCCAUAACUCUGAGGGUUCAGUGACGGGCUGUCCUCUCAGGCUGCAGUGGAUUACAUGAGGGAACCUGUGAUCCACAAAUAAUACCUGUAAUCCAGUGAGAAGGAACUGUGAUCCGGAGAGAGGCCCAGUGAUCGAUCCACCAAGGGCUGCUGUGAUUCACUGAGGACUGAGAGUUUCGGAGAGAAGGAACUAUGACCCGGCACUGAGCGUACCAGUGGUCCAGGUUGUGGCCGUCAGGCUGGGAGAAUCAGGAUGCCAGAGCUGGAGGACUUCCCCCCGAUGCGGGAUGACCAGCCGGUUGGUCCUGACCCGAACCAGAUCCAGCGCAGCAUCCUGGACGAGCAGGUAGAGCUGUGGUGGUUCCGCGACCCGGCCAAGUCUCUGCUGUGCUACGCCGUUGCCGUCCUACUCAUCCUGGGCUGCGGCCUGGGAGGCAUACUCCUCCUCUCCACCACGACCAGCUUCUCCAGUGACUGGCGCAUGGGAGCGGGCAUGGCUCUGUGUCUCUUAGCCCUGGCCGUCCUGCUCAAACAGCUCCUGAGCUCCGCCGUGCAGGACAUGAACUGUGUCCGCAGCCGGAGGCGGAUCGAUAUCCUGAAGAGUGGAGGGCUGUCGGAUCUGUUAGUGGUUCUCAUCACAGGGCUGUGUCUGGUGGUCUGUGGGGCCGUGCUGCUGAAGCUGGCACUAGGACACCACAUGCCCAAGCCCGGCGUAGCCCUUAAUGAUAUGUACAUCUCUGGGGUGGUGUUGUUAGCUGGAGGAGGGUCAGUGGUGGUGGGGGUGGGAGUGUACACGGGGCUGGUGUUCCUGUUGGAGAGGACGUGGCCGGGACAGAGGUUCAGGGAUAGGGCCAUGGGGGUGUUCACUAUCUCUGGACGACACAUGGACCAGGGUAGGAGGGAGACCACCUCCAGCUUGGCUAACCUCAUCUGACCUGACCACCAGAGACAUGGCAUGGGAUAGGUAGCCCGAAACAGCAGAUGACCGCAACUCUCGUAUGGCCCAGAUCUUAUCCAUAUAUGGGCACCGUGGAGGGUUGGAAUUUAUUGGUCCACUCUGGCUUGAGAUUGGUGGGCUUAGUUGCUGGGCCCCAUUUGGUGUGAACGUGGGCCACAUCCACCUUGUUGUCUGGGAGGGACCAAUGGACAUCACAUGUGAAAAUGGAAUUUGAGCAAAGUGGCCGCCUUUGGAGCAACUAAGUAUCAAUUCAAUUUUGCAGGUCCAUGAAUUGCAAUAUGGGAUAGAGAGCUGUGUCUACACAACAUGUGCUAUUUUAAUGAUUCAAGCAUUGGCCAUCCUUGGAUAAUCACUUAUGAGAUGGAACCCCAGCAGAGCACUGCUCUCUAUAAUGUGAAAUAAACCGAAUGACAGUGACACAGACACUGGUGCCGGACACAGAACAAAGAUUAAGAUUCAUAAUGUGUCUAAUCUAAUAGUAUCAUCCACUACAAAGCAGUUGGUGAAAAAAGCUGCUGUAUGGAAUAAUCACAUCGUAGAAUAAUGUAAACAGGUUACUGUACGAAGUGAUUUUCUGAUAAAUGUCACAUUUUGUCACCUUUUUAUGUCACAGGUUUACAGCUGUGUUGGGUAGUCAAAGGCCUUGCAACUCUACGAAGAAUGUGAGGAGAAUGCCAUUGUUGAAUGGCACAAUAUGGUUUAAUUGAACAAAGCGUGUGUGUGUGUGUGUGUGUGUGUGUGUGUGUGUGUGUGUGUGUGUGUGUGUGUGUGUGUGUGUGUGUGUGUGUGUGUGUGUGUGUGUGUGUGUGUGUGUGUGUGUGUGUGUGUGUGUGUGUGUGUGUCUGGCCCUCGCAACUCCUUAUCAGGCAGUACAUGUGAGCUGUCUGUCGCUCAGAGACAAUAGGGGUCACUGAGGCGGCCAUUGCUGUUGUACCGACGGCCGGCCAGGCCAAUGGACAAUGGGCAGGCUGUGGAUCGUAAGGGGUUGGCGUCGCCCAGUACGGCUUUCUCUUAACACACACACACACACACACACACACACACACACACACACACACACACACACACACACACACACACACACACACACACACACACACACACACACAGCGGCAGCGACUGUGGCUGUAAUCCCUCAUUGACAAAGGACUGUUCUCUGACCUGUAGUCUCUCUCUGUCUCUGCUGUGCAAUGCUAUGCAGGACAUGCUCUUUAGGUAGUGGUGCCAAGUAGGUUUGUGCAUUCACGACAGAGAGUGUGAGAGACUACCGCCACGAAACAGUGAUGGGAGAGGAAGUGAGAAAGAGAAAACAGUACAAUAUAGCGACAGGAGAGAAACCAGACGAGAAAGAGAGACCGAGCUAAACCCUCAGGUGCAGUCCACCUUUCAGGCCAUAGGGGGUUCAUACUCACAAACUUGUGCUUAAACUGGCAGUUUAGACCUUAGGUUUAAAAUGUCUAUCUGCUAGCUUUUCUCAUAGGCAAACCUGGCACAAUUGGCCAUCUGGCUACCAUGAGUCAUUUGUAUAGUGAAUAAAAAUAUAAAAAUGCAGCAUGUAAAGUGAAAUAAAAAUAAAAGAUGACCCCAAAUUUUC